GGGUCGACCCCUUCUCCCUGCUUCUCUCUAUCCGUCUCUCUCUCUCUCUUUCCGUCUCACUCUCUCCAGACACUUUGACUCAAGAACUUCUUGAACACAAAUUGAAGCCUUUGAGGAACAACUUUGGAAAACACAGAGAACACAAUAUAGGCUGAAAGAUUGUUCUCUGGAUUUUCCUUCCAUUUUCUCCUGUGGUGUAUUUUUAGACCCUUGUGUGAUCCAGCUUAACACAAUUGCUGUGCGCUGUUUUUUUUGCUGCCGGAUUUGAGUGUUGCCUCCAUCAUCUGUUCUCACGUUCGACUUGGGCCAAGGAAGGUUUGAGGAAGGAGUUGUGUUAGUUUCUAUGGUAACACUGCAUUCCCCGAGGCCUUUGAGGGACUGAAGGUUAUCACUGAACAUCCAGCAAGUCUGAGCCCUCCCUCUCCCAGCUCUGCACCAAUGAGCAGUCAGUCCAACGGCGGGGUGGUGGCCCCUUCAGCUCGCACCAAUCAGAGGACGUUUUUGGAUGACGUCAUUUUAACCUUUAGCUCGCCGAUGGCUUGGCUGCUGGUCGUGGCUCUGGUCAUCACAUGGUCGGCUGUAGCCAUCGUUCUGUUUGAUCUGCUUGAUUUUAGGACUCUAGCAGAGUACACAUCAUACUGUGACGACCCCGUGUGUUUAUCUCCUGUAAACCGCGAUUCCAUUCAAGGUCUCCCUCCUCCUUCUGCCAUCGCUAAGAGAGGUUUGAAAGCCAGAGGUGGUCUUCGUCCACUCAGAUCCACCCCCGCUCAGGAACGAACGGAUUGGUUGGAGUUGAUAUGGACGUUUGUGGCCAGUCUGGUCGCUCCUGAUGAGGAGGAGGAAGGUAUUCACCAGCUAACUGAAACCCUCACAUCUUUCCACUCUGAGGAGCUCUAAAAGAGAGGAGUGCCAAGAGAGGGCAGAGACAGACGAGUUUGGAGCGAGGACGAGACGGCGAAAAGGGGCAGUGUCUCCGACCCAGAUCGAAGACAGAAAGUGGAGAGCUGGAGAGGAGGAUCAGGAUGUAAAAUAUUUCACAGCAAUAAUUCUCUCUGUCUGUCGUUAACUGGAUGAUUUGAUGAAUUAAAAACUGCCAAUUCAA